AUGGCAAAAAAAGCCAAAUCCCGCACUAUCCCCGUCCGCCUCAUAUCAAUGGCUCUGACUGGAUAUUACAAGACGCUUAUUCGACCGCGUACGCAUAGGCCGCUUAGUAUGUUGAAGUAUGAUCCUGUUGGUUUGGUUUGGGAUUCUGGGGAGGAGAAUGGGAAUGAGGUGAGAGGGAUUGGAAAUUGGUGGAAGGGGGAAGGAGAUGGGAUUGGGUAA